UCGUCCUGGUACGCACUUUAAAUGCAUGCCCUUCACCACGAUCUACUGAUAAUCACUCCCGCACGCAGGCAGAAUAUGAAGGACCACAGUUUUACCGCGUCCUCGCAAUACGGUCUGACUACCCCAGAUAUGUGUUUCACUGUCCCCAGGAUAUCAAGCCCCACGUUAGUAUGCUCCUUCUGCCCCCUGCAUACAUCUAAUGCCAUGACUAGUGCUACCCUGUGGACGUCAGCGUCAGACAACCCAUGGGGCAGGACUGAUGUCUUAUCUCAUGGCUUCUCGCAAUACAUCAUGCCCAAUUCAUAUAACCCUGAACCUGACAUACCCCCACAUGACAUCUCGGAGCAUACUAGCUUGUCACAUCAGCGACAGAAUUUUGUCAUCCCUCAGUCCCCCCCAAGCCAGUCGCAGCUACCAACCGACUCAUGUCCAAUCAAACAUCCCUCAUCUUUCCCACCCACUUGCCUGUGGCUGCGUAACGACGACACAUGCUGCAGACAUAAAGGGACGGAGGACGAGUUAAAGCAGCAUUGGCACCUCAUACAUCUUCCUCAGUGCCAAGGCGCAUCGAUUGCAUGCUGCUGGGAAGGAUGUAAUUAUCGCAAGCGAGGUCACCCCUCAAUUUGUGUCAUGCUGCGCGGCUGCAUGUGGCGUCAUAUCCGUGAAGUUCAUUUGGGGCACCGCAGAAAGGUGACCUAGGUAUACUAUCAGGUAGAAAUACAGGCUCCUUCGCUGCUUGCUUCUCUAGGCUCAUUCUUUUCUUUUGAUACCUUGCUAUCCUCCUGUCUAAUUCAUUUAUAUGGUUCGUGUAUCUAUUGUGUCAGGACUGUCACGAGUGUAGUUCCAUUUCACGUCGACUUAUAGGACUCGUUUCACAACGGAACUUUAUACAACCCGUUUCCGCUUCUGUUUUGCUUAGUAUAAUUUAUAUAUAUGUCCCAAUGCAUUGAGG